AGCUUUGACGGUCACGUGACUCGUCUUGUGACAACAGGAAGCCGGAAUGUCAACAGUGUGAGGAUGCUGCUGUGGCUUUGACGCUUUUCAACUCUUCAUUCACUAAUUUUUAAGGACGCAGACUACAAUGACUUCCAUUAUAAAAGAAACACAAAGCAUAAAAGAAGCAGUGACUUUCAUCAAUGCAAUUGAUGUGAACAAGUUCUCCAGACUGAUCUCCCGCAUCAUACAGAAGCUUCAUCUGAAGGGAGAGCGGACGUUCAGUGAGGAAGAGGAGGAAAAACUCCAGGCUGCUCUCUCAUUGGAUAAAAAUGCUCUCAACCUAGUCUUGGAAACUUCUGCCUUUAUAUUAGAGCAAGCAGUGUAUCAUAGCGUAAAGCCGGCCUCUUUGCAACAACAGCUGGAGAUGGUCCAUCUAGCCCCAGAGAAGGCUGAGGUGUUCUCUCAGACCUGGGCAACUACUGGACCCGAACUGGUGGAGAAACUGAAACGUAAUUUGUUUGCCCCGAAGAAGCUGGAGUAUGUUGGCUGGCAGUUGAACCUGCAGAUGGCUCAGUCCAGCCAUGCCAGACUGAAGUCUCCCAGUGCCGUCCUCCAGCUGGGGCUCCAGGGUGAAGAGUCUGAGGUUCAGGAAAAUGUCUUCGUUGAGUUUAACCACCAGCAACUGCUUGAUUUGUACAACAAGCUCGAAAUCGUCCAAGGACAGCUGGAUUCCCUGACAUGAUGCCUUUUGGACUUUGUACAGCCACACACACACAGAUACACACAAGCACACGAACUAUAUGUUAAUGGUGUUUUUGCUGACAGCCAUGCAGCUGUUAGAGGCCUAGCAAUUAAAUUUGUGCUCUGAUUUAUUUGAGAAAUAUGUCAAGUUUGAAGGAAGGAGUUCCCUUUUGAACUCCUUUUUGCACUCAUUACUCAGAGCCUGGAUUUUAUAGCGGGAAAUUACCCCAAAUUCAUCAGUAUGAGUUGUACUUGAACAAGUUUGUUUAAUAAUGUUUUCUCCACCCUCUAGUAAAUUAAUGCUUAAUUGCUUUCCUUAUACAUUCCUUAUAACAAGAUGUAGCUGAUGAAAAUGUGCCAACAGUCAUUUAGCUUCUUUCCUUUGUACCCUCAGAAAAAGAAAAAAAAAGGAAUUAAAUGUCAAAAUGUCAUUUGAACUACAACAAAUGCAUUGUGUAGCUUGAAGAAUGAACUACUCUCCAUGCCAUUCUAAUAAAAUCUGAAGUGGAGGUGAAAUCCA